AUGGCGGAGCAUAUUACAGCCACCGACGGCAAGCAUAAAGCGUCCGCGAACGCCGGUGGCACGCUCCCGGGCAAUAGCCGGCCCAGCGCCGUGGGCGGAGGGGGUAGAGGAAGCCUCUCCGGAGGACUGACGCAGCCGGCGGGGUGGCAAUCGCUGCUGUCUUUCACCAUCCUCUUCCUGGCCUGGUUGGCAGGCUUCAGCUCAAGACUCUUCGCAGUGAUUCGCUUUGAGAGCAUCAUCCACGAGUUUGACCCAUGGUUCAACUACAGAUCAACGCAUCACCUCACCACAAAUGGGUUCUACGAGUUCCUCAACUGGUUCGACGAGAGGGCGUGGUAUCCCCUGGGCCGGAUCGUGGGGGGAACCGUUUAUCCAGGUCUGAUGGUCACUGCCGGCCUUAUCCACUACGUGCUGAACCUGCUGCAUGUGACGGUGCACAUCCGGGACGUGUGCGUCUUCCUGGCGCCGAUCUUCAGCGGCCUGACGUCCAUCUCCACCUUCCUGCUGACGCGGGAGCUCUGGAACCAGGGGGCGGGGCUGCUGGCCGCCUGCUUCAUCGCCAUCGUCCCCGGCUACAUCUCCCGCUCCGUCGCCGGCUCCUUCGACAACGAGGGCAUCGCCAUCUUCGCCCUCCAGUUCACCUACUACCUCUGGGUGAAAUCCGUCAAAACCGGAUCGGUGUUCUGGACGAUUGGCUGCUGCCUCUCCUACUUCUACAUGGUUUCGGCGUGGGGAGGCUACGUGUUCAUCAUCAAUCUCAUCCCUCUCCACGUGUUCGUGCUUCUGCUGAUGCAGCGCUACAGCAGGAGAGUCUACAUCGCGUACAGCACCUUCUACAUCGUGGGCCUGGUGUUGUCCAUGCAGAUCCCGUUCGUCGGCUUCCAGCCAAUCAGGACCAGCGAACACAUGGCGGCGGCAGGUGUAUUCGCGCUGCUUCAAGCCUACGCAUUCCUGCAGUAUCUGAAAGACCGGCUCACAAAGCAAGAGUUCCAGACGCUCUUCUUCCUGGGCGUGUCGCUAGCUGCUGGGGUCGUGUUCCUCACCGUCAUAUACCUGACCUACACAGGGUACAUCGCACCAUGGAGUGGUCGCUUCUACUCUCUGUGGGACACAGGCUACGCGAAGAUCCACAUCCCCAUCAUUGCCUCUGUGUCGGAGCACCAGCCCACCACCUGGGUCUCCUUCUUCUUCGACCUGCACAUCCUGGUCUGCACCUUCCCAGCAGGCCUCUGGUUCUGCAUCAAGAACAUCAAUGAUGAGCGUGUCUUUGUGGCCCUGUACGCCAUCAGCGCGGUGUACUUCGCGGGGGUGAUGGUGCGCCUCAUGCUGACCCUGACGCCCGUGGUGUGCAUGCUGUCGGCCAUCGCCUUCUCCAACGUCUUCCAGCACUACCUGGGCGACGACCAGAAGAGGGAGAACCCGCCGGCCGAGGACAGCAGCGACGAGGACGACAAGAGGAGCUCCGGCAACCUGUACGACAAGGCGGGGAAGGUGCGCAAGCACGUGUCCGAGCAGGAGAAGGCGGAGGAGGGCCUGGGGCCCAACAUCAAGAGCAUCGUCACCAUGCUGAUGCUGAUGCUGCUGAUGAUGUUCGCCGUGCACUGCACCUGGGUCACCAGCAACGCCUACUCCAGCCCCAGUGUGGUGCUGGCGUCCUAUAACCACGACGGAACACGCAACAUCCUGGACGACUUCCGCGAGGCGUACUACUGGCUGCGUCAGAACACGGACGAGCACGCGCGCGUCAUGUCCUGGUGGGACUACGGCUACCAGAUCGCCGGCAUGGCCAACCGGACCACGCUGGUGGACAACAACACGUGGAACAACAGCCACAUCGCCCUGGUGGGCAAGGCCAUGUCCUCCAAUGAGAGCGCAGCCUAUCAGAUCAUGCAGAGCCUGGACGUGGACUACGUGCUGAUCAUUUUCGGGGGGGUGAUCGGUUACUCCGGGGACGACAUCAACAAGUUCCUGUGGAUGGUCCGGAUAGCGGAGGGGGAGCACCCCAAGGACAUUCGGGAAAGCGACUAUUUCACCCCACAGGGAGAGUUCCGGGUGGACAAGGCCGGCUCCCCGACUCUACUCAACUGCCUCAUGUACAAGAUGUCCUACUACCGCUUUGGGGAGAUGCAGCUGGAUUUCCGGACGCCGCCGGGGUUCGACCGGACCCGCAACGCCGAGAUCGGCAACAAGGACAUCAAGUUCAAGCACCUGGAGGAGGCCUUCACGUCGGAGCACUGGCUGGUGCGCAUCUACAAGGUGAAGAAGCUGGAGAACCGCGAGCCGCUGGACCACAAGCCCCGCGUCACCAACCUCUCCAAACAGAAGUACACCUCCAAAAAGAUCGCUAAGAGGAAGCGCGGCUACAUCAAGAACAAGCUCGUCCUGAAGAAAGGCAAGAAACUGAGCAAGAAGGCAGUUUAACCAUGAAGACGGGGGGAGUGAAAAAGAAAAAAAAAAAACCAACAGCAACAACAAACAGCGACGACACACAAAGCAAAGCAAGGAACACACCAGGGAAGAAGAUGAUGAUUAUGAUGAAGAAGAGGAGGAGGAGGAGGAAGGAGAAGAACAGCCGUUGUCUGGAACCCCAGAGCGCGUUUUGCCUUGAGCGCCAGCCCCCGGAGGGCCCCGCUGAAGCAGGAACGGAGGGAUGGUCAUCGGUUCAUCGGGGGGU